AUGCCGCAGCCUUUCCAAUGGUUCUUAAGGCCUCCCUCGAGCUUGGUGUUUUUGACACUCUCCACGGCAGAAGCCACUCGCAGCGACUCUUUCCUCUCAACAUCUGAGAUAGUGAGUAGGCUACCAACUACGCCACGUAACCCUGAGGCUCCGGUUUUGUUGGACCGGAUGCUUCGCCUACUCGCUAGUUACUCCAUGGUCAAAUGCGGUAAGGUCUCAUCCGGGAAUGGCGAGAGGGUCUACAGAGCUGAGCCAAUUUGUAGGCUUUUCUUGAAAGACAACAUUCAAGAUGUUGGAUCCCUUGCUUCUCAAGUCAUUGUCAAUUUUGAUAGCGUCUUUCUCGAUGCCUGUGGGAAAUCACUACCAGAGAACGGUAAAGUUGUUAUCAUAGAACUAGUCACUCCUGAUGACGCUGAGAAUGGAGAUAUCAACGCAAACAUUGCCUUUGAUAUGGAUAUGUUGAUGUUCACACAAUGUUCUGGUGGAAAAGAGAGAUCACGAGCUGAGUUUGAAGCAUUAGCAAUGGAAUCAGGAUUUACCCAUUGCAAAUUCGUUUGUCAAGCUUACCACUGCUGGAUUAUUGAGUUUGGCAAAUAA